AUGAACAACGAGCAGUUUCGGCGGCUGCUAGACAACUCGUCAGGCUCCGAGAAAUCAUCUACGCCAGCCCGCAAUGCAGCAGCCGGCGGCGCGGACGCGGGCGCAGGCGGGCUUUUGGGCUCGCGAAUGCGCUCCAGCAUCCCGAUGACUCCGCGCUCUGUAUCUGGAGUCGAUUUCGCCCGCCAACUCGCCGAACAGCGCCGUGAGGGCGACCAGCGACCAAGCAAACGAUUCAAGUCCUCCGCCGCGCCCAAGGGAAGCAAACUGCCAACCGGAUACCAAGACCGAGCACAACUACGCAAUAUACAGGGAGAAGAAAAAAGCGAAAAUGAUCUCGAGAAACGGAUCAAAGCGUUAGAGGAGAUGGUGAAACUGGGGCAAAUCGACCAGGCGACAUUCGACAAGCUGCAGGCCGAGCUCGGCGUCGGUGGUGACGUCGGUAGUACACAUAUGGUGAAGGGCCUGGACUGGAAACUCUUACAACGAGUCAAAGCUGGCGAAGAUGUGUCGCAUGCGCCGGAGAAACUGGAACCCGAGCCAACAGAAAAGCCCGUACGGGAAGAGGAUGCGGAGGAGGAGUUUGAGCGCUUGAUGGAUGCAAAGGGCCAGGAAGAAGAUGUUUCUGCGCCGAAGAAGCAGAAGGAGAAAAAGAAAGGAACUAUGGCACCACCUCCGCCACGCAAGAAGACCAGAGAUGAGAUUCUCAAGGAGUUGAGGGCUAGCCGGGCUGCGGCAGCGCCGCCGCCGCCGCCGGAGCCGACAUUGGGCUCGAGGUUUAAAAAGGUUGGAGAUGGCAAGCCGGAAAAGACGCGUUUCGUGGAGAUUGACGGCCCUACUGGUCGCCGGCGAGAGGUCCUAGUCAUCACUGAUGCCGAGGGUAAUACGAAACGCAAGGUUCGGUGGAUUGAUAAGCCCACCGAUUCGACGGGAUCCGCUACUGCGCUCCCCAUGCCAGACAAGGCUGCGAAACCUCUGGGUAUGGAAGUUCCCGCCGAGAUCGCUGCCCGGGAAGCUGCCAACGUCCCUCAGGAAGAGGAUGAUGAUAUCUUUGCCGGGGUUGGCGCAGACUACGACCCGCUUGCUGGCAUAGUGGACGACGCAACUUCAUCCGAUGAAGAAGGCAAGACGGAGAAAGCUGCAGAGAAGAAGAAAGAGCCUUCCCAGGAAGAACAGAAACAACCGGAAGAAGCGGCUCCCAAGCCACGUAACUACUUCGGCACCACGUCUACUGCUCCCGAGUCCCAGUCAGAGGAUCGCUCUAACCCUCUCAUGAAAGACCCGACUAUCAUGGCCGCUCUCAAGCGAGCAGCCGCUCUCCGGCAAAGCUCUCCCUCCGCCGCAGAAGGCGAGUCCCCGGAGGCGUCUCUCCGACAGAAGAAGUUCCUUGAGGAAGCUCGACGGCGCGAUGCCAUGGAUGCUGCAGAUCUGGACAUGGGCUUCGGAGGUAGCCGACUCGAAGAUGAUGAGGAUGAGGACACUGUCCUACAUGACUUUGACGAAGACGAACGCGGCGGGAAAAAGCGCAAGCGUGGACCCAAGAAGAGGAAAGGUGACAAGGACAGCGUUAAUGAUGUGAUGCGUGUACUUGAGGGACGGAAGAAGGACGAGUAG